UCUUUGUCUUUGUUCCAUCUAUUCUUCUCUUAAUAAUUCUAGUAACAUGCUCAUGUAACUGUCUUCUUUUCAGAAAUGGGUCAAGAACAAUCAUUAUUUAAGGAUCCAUGGAGGACUUUGCCAGAGAGCAAGGAAAUGUUCAAUUUUCUAAAACAAUACAAACCUCAAAACGAACAAGUGACACGUCUCAGAAUUCUGCUUCAUGGACCAGUUGGUGCUGGAAAGUCCAGUUUCAUCAACUCUGUUGACAGCGUUUUUCAAGGCAGAGUUGCAGUUCGAGCACCAAUGGAUGCAACAUCUGGGGAGAGCUUUACCCAAAAAUACAAAACUUACAAAAUCCGCAAAGAGCCUCAGAGCUUCUACAAUUUCAUUUUCAAUGACAUCAUGGGCUUCGAGUCAGACAGAGGAGUCCAAGUGGAGGAUGUCAAACUGGCCCUAAUGGGACAUGUGAAGGAAGGAUACAGGUUUAAUAAUUGUCACCAGCUGAAUGAGAAUGACAACAGUUACAACCCAGAUCCCACUCUGGACGACAGAGUUCAUGUCCUGGUGUGUGUUGUUCCCGUCGGCUCAGUGUCUUUACUGAGCGAUGAAGUGGUGAAGAAGAUGAGAGAAGUCAGACUAGCAGCCAGUGACCUGGGAAUUCCUCAACUGGCGAUUCUCACCAAACCUGAUGAGGCCUGUCCAGAAGUGGGUAAGAAUGUAGAGAAUCUCUACAAAAGCAUAUAUCUAAAGGAACAGGUCGACAAGUUCAGUGUAAUGUUGGGUUUCCCCCUGAACAGCAUCUUUCUGGUGAAGAAUUACAAUUCAGAAAUUAAUACCAAUGAUGGCAUGAACACUCACAUACUGAGCGCACUGAAACAGAUAGUCAUGUUUGGAGAAGACUUCCUAAAUGACCAGUAAAAUAGUCAAGAAUUAUCAAUGAAAACAUCUGCAACACCUGGAAUUUUGGAUUAAAAAAAAACUUCAACCGUAACGAUGCUUUAGCAUUUGUAGACAAACAUCCAGGCAUUGUGUUGCAUUGUAAACCUUUUAACCUCUAUAAUCAUUUUUCAGUGCAGCUGUAGACGAAGUAUGUGAAUGAAGAUGUCAGCAGUCUUUCAGUAACUACUGUAGUUAGUCGUAUUGUCGUCUGUCAGCAGAGGGCGCUUUUGUGCAUUAGUUUCAUCUAUCAUUAAAAAAGUUGUAACUCUAUCUAUGGAUUCACUGAAAUCAUCACAUGAAGAAAAGUAAUUGCUAUGGAAGACACCAAACUGUGCAUGAGGGGACAAGUGAAGCAACUAUGAAAAAUACAAAACAUUUAAAUAAAUAAAUCCAUGAUGUUGCCUUUACAGAACACAGCACUAGAUCAGUGCAGUUACUGACAGACUUUGGAUGUUACUUGGUAGAGCCAUGAUGCAGAGGAAGUUGCUGCUUUAUCACAAAAAGAUGUUGCUUAUUUUGUCUUUAUUGCUGCUAUUGGUGAUGUAAGAAACAAUGUUAUGUGUCAUAAAAGAAGAAAAAAUAAAACAAAAUAUUUUCAUUGUUA